AUGUCGGGUGUUCCAGCGAAGGAGUCUACGGGUUCCACCACUAUCCCCGUAGCCCCUGUGAAAGAUAGAAGGAACUCAGGAGAUAUUGGUUGGGAGUUUGGAUUUUGUCAAGACCCAAAAAAUUUGAAUAUUGUGCAAUGUCGACUAUGUGGGCACAAGGUGAAUGCGGGGAUCCAUCGAUUUAAGAAGCAUCUCGCAGGGUUGAGGUGGGACACCAAAUCAUGUUUUAAGAUUAGUGAAAAAGAUAAGCAUAGGGUGAAAGAAGUUAUUGAUGCUAAUUCGAAGAAGAAGCAAGCUAAGAAGAGGCACACUAUAGACUUAGAAGAAGAACUUCAUACGACGAGGCCGUGUGAUGAAGAAAGAGAUGAAGAUGAAAUCAUCUCUCCUUCCACAUGCGAUGAAUCUUCAAAGAGGUCUAGAGAGCCUACUGUUGGGCCGAUGGACGCUUUCACCACUAGUGAUCCAGAGCUAGCGAAAAGGUUGAAAGGGAAAAUGAAGCAGACAGGAGUGAAGAAUUCUUUCCUGAAGGAGAAGAGAGAUUGGGUGCAUGAUCAGUUGGCUACUUGGGCAUAUGAAAAUGCCAUCCUUUUUCAUGCCAUCUCCACGUAUUCUUUUAUGAAGGCAUGCACGACUAUUGGAGACUAUGGACCGAGCCAUAGGCCUCCCAGCAUGUACAUGUUGAGGGAGCCCUUAUUGCGAAGAGCUGUUGAGAGAACAAAAGUCUCCUUAAAGACGCAUGAGGAGGAGUGGGGCAAGACUGGAUGUUCCAUUAUGAUUGAUGCUUGGUCGGAUAGAAAGAUGCAGUCGAUUGGAGCUGAUAAAAUCAUUCAGGUUGUCACGGAUAAUGCAGCUGCAAAUAUGGCUGCGAAUGAGCUUUUAUAUAGGGCGAGGCCGAGGAUUUUUUGGACUAGUUGUGCAGCACACACUGUUGACCUGAUGCUUGAAAGCAUCGGGAAGUUGAGUUUAUUCAAAGGAGCAAUUGAGAAGGCGAGGACCCUUACCAUCUUUAUCUAUAGUCGUCACAAGACUUUGUCAAUAAUGCGUCGCAUUUGUGACAAAAGGGACAUUGUGAGACCUGGAGUUACUCGUUUCGCCACUACAUUUUUGACUCUGCGGAGCCUUCUUGAGAAGAAAGGGAAGUUGAGAUUUAUUCUUUCUGAUGAAGCAUGGGUGAGAUGCAAGCUUGCAAAGACCACUAAAGGCGCUAAGGUGGAGGCGAUUGCUAUGAGUGAUAGUUGGUGGACGGCGGUGGCCAAGAUCUUGAAGGUGUAUGCUCCUAUUUUUCGAUUGUUGAGGGUAGUCGAUAGUGACUACAAACCAUCAAUGGGAUUUGUGGUGGGGAUGCUUGAAGAUAUGAAGAAGGAGAUUAUUCAAGUUUUCAAGAAUAAGGAGAAGGAUUUCAAGCCCGUGAUUGAUAUUAUAGAUGGGAAGUCCAAGGAUCGGCUCUUUUCUCCCUUGCAUAUGGCUUCUUACUACCUCAACCCUUACUAUUUCUAUAGGGAUGAUGUAGUGAAGAAUUACAAAAGGGCGAAAGAUGGAUUUCUAGAUGUGGUGGAGUUGUUUUAUCCUGAUGUAGAGCAAUAA